GCCAAAGGCAGAGUCCCAUUGUUACUUGGACCGUCCGAGUCAAAAAGAAACUAGUCGUAAUUGGACCGUCACGCUCUUUUCCCUUCCCGCGUUAGAUUCUCCGGUUACCCGUACACUCAUAGACCCACCUACCGCCACCGGGAUUAUCGGUAACCUUGUCCCAACUUCAAAGUCAGACAUCAUCCAAUGGUUAAACCCGAAAAACCCCAAGUACGAGGUGUUUGACAAGCGCACAGAUCCACGCGCCAUCUCACGCGCUGCCACCACUCAAAAAUAUAGAAUUUUUGAAAUUAAUUUUUUCAUUUUCUUCCCAUUCCCGUGAAAGUGAUGGAGCAGCCGUCGAAGAAGAUCAGUAAGGAAGAGAACGCUGAAGAAAUGAAAGCAGUACCAUUGGAGUCGGAUUACAAAGAUCCGAGCCCGCCUCGUGGACCCGACCCUGACCCGAAGCCUGAUGGCGGUGCAUUAAAGCCAGGGGAUAAUGCCGAUAUUAAUAAUACUCGUGGUGGUGGCACUAAUGGAGAUUUAAAGGAGAGGAGUAUCGAAUCGGGGGUGGAGGAGAAUAGUAUUGAAUCGGGGGCGGAGGGUUUGAAGACGAAAAAAUCGGUGAGGUGGAGCGAGGAGUUGGUGAUGGAGUCGCCGGUUCCAAGGGAUUCGAAUCGCGGAUCCAGCAAUCCCUACGUCAAUUACUCGCCCGCGCCCGCCGCCAAUCCCUCGUCUUUCAAUUUCAAAGAAACUAUGGGUAGUGUGAAGAAUGUGCUUGGAAGAUGGGGGAAGAAGGUGGGAGAAGCAACUAGAAAGGCUGAGGAUCUUGCUGGGAACACUUGGCAGCACUUGAAGACAAGCCCUAGUCUGGCGGAUGCUGCCCUUGGAAGAAUUGCUCAGGGAACCAAGGUUCUAGCUGAAGGUGGUUAUGAAAAAAUUUUUCGGCAAACAUUUGAGACAGUUCCAGAGGAGAAGCUGAUAAAUUCAUUUGCAUGUUACUUAUCUACAUCUGCUGGUCCAGUCAUGGGGGUUUUGUAUGUCUCUACUGCAAAGCUUGCAUUUUGUAGUGAUAACCCGCUAUCAUACCAAUCUGGUGAUAAGACUGAAUGGAGCUAUUAUAAGGUUGUCAUCCCAUUGCAUCAACUAAAAGCUGUCAACCCUUCAACAAGUAGAACCAACUCAGCGGAAAAAUACAUCCAGGUGAUAUCGGUUGAUAACCAUGAAUUUUGGUAUAUGGGCUUCUUAAAUUACAGCAGUGCAGUAGAAUGCCUGCAACAGGCCUUACAAGCUCGGGACUUGCAAUCGGUAUAAAUCUCAUUUACAUAUCUUGCAAAAGAAGAGUCUUCCUCAUUGAAGGAACAUGUGUGGUCAUCAUCUGUUGCAUACGGUCCGAACAUAAAUCUCAUCAAUUGUAUUGCAAAUUCGCCUUGUUAAAGAUGUCUGCUUGUGUUCGUGAUUACUACUGUUUAGCUGUGAAAACAUUUUCUGUCGGGAACAUAGUAAGAUGAUUGUGCUGUCAUUCAUAUUUGCAUCAUUGUUCUUAUGUUUAGUCAAAGCAGCACAGUGUAUUGUAAUGAAUAUUUCCUGUAAGAACCCUUCCAUACAAAUGCUGGUUUCACAUGCUAGUUCUCUAUAGAAUUCCCACAUAAGUCAUCGUUUGUCCA